AAAAUCUCAUUAUGGCACCAUCGGGAAGAAAGCAUGGAGGAAAAGCCGGUAAACCAGCACAGGAAGAUAAAGCCAUACCUACCUAUGACUUUCAGGAGGAAAGAAAAGAGCUGAGUGGAUCAGAGGAUGAUAUUAGAGAAGGUGAAACACCAGUAUUGGACAAGCAUGGAAAGAAAAGACCUCUGGUGACUACUCAUGUGGUUCCAGAUGAUGUGGGGGGCGAAGUACAGAAUAUGCUGGAAAGAUUUGGAGCUGACAUUAACAAGGCUCUCUUAGCUAAGAGGAAGAGAUUAGAAAUGUAUACAAAAGCCUCACUCAAAACCAGUAACCAGAAGAUUGAACAUGUUUGGAAAACACAGCAGGAGCAAAGGCAGAAGCUCAAUCAUGAGUUCUCCCAGCAGUUCCUGACUCUAUUUCAGCAAUGGGAUGUAGAUGUGCAGAAAGCAGAGGAGCAGGAAGAAAAACUAGCGAAUAUGUUUCGUCAGCAACAAAAAGUUUUUCAACAGGCAAGAAUAGUUCAGGGUCAGAGGCUGAAAACCAUUAAGCAACUCUAUGAGCAAUUCUUAAAGAGCAUGGAAGAGCUGGAGAAGAGCAAUGAAAAUCUUCUCGCUGGUGCACAAAGUGAACUUCGCAAAGAAAUGUCUAUGUUGCAGAAGAAGAUUAUGAUGGACACCCAACAGCAGGAGAUGGCAACUGUUCGCAAGUCUCUUCAGUCCAUGUUAUUCUGACGGCUCAAUGGAGAAACAACUUGUACCUAAGUAACACGAUACAAGUAUAGGCAUUAGCCAUAGAGAAGUAUCUUAAGAUUUAACUGUUUUAAAGUUUCUAUUAAAGCCUUUCAUGGAUUGUUCUAGUCUUGUGUCUGAUAAUGUUGU